AUGUUAAGAACCGCUUGUAGUCGAUCUCAUGUGUUCAAAGCAUUUAGCAGCUCGCUAAUGCUCGAACAUGCUCUGGCGGCUGCUAAUUCGUCUGGUGCCGCAGCUCCAACGAACGCCGCCAGUACUGGUAAUAGUCAUGAUUCUACCUUGAAGUCUGAAUUACCACUGCGAACUUUGAAUGAUGAGCUGCAUAAUGCCGAGAGGAAAUACAUCAAGCCCUUGACGAAUGCUCCGGAAUGGUCUUCCACUCGUACGGGCCCAAAUAGUAAGAUACGUGAGUAUUUGAAAAAUGGUCAAUACACCAAACUUUUAAUUAGAUUAUCAGUGGACAACCAUUUGAACAAUGAAUACAUUUCAGGCCUUUUUACCACUGGUGGUCUCACAAAGUCAGAAUAUUCACUUUUCAUCAAUAAAUUACUUUCAGAGGAGGAAUUAGAUGUUAAACUCUCAAAUGUAAUUCCUGAUACCCCUCAUACCGAAUUGAUAUACAAAUUGUACGAAUUUUACUGUGACCACAUAGUGGAUCAACAUAAUCUUACGCCAUUGCAACUUUACGAUUUAAACCUUUUCCUCAAGACUUUCAUUGCAGAAGCCCAACUAUCAAAGGCACAUAACGUUUUAGAUUUUAUUCUCCUGAGAAGACCAUUAAAUGACCUUUUAGCCAACACUGAUGUGGAAAUUCUAAUACAAUUCUUACGAUUAAAGUGUGGUGCCCUUUCCAAAUUUUGGAAGAUUCAACCAGCAUCUCAGAGAAAUUCCACGGCUAUCACAUUAGGUGAAAAGGCAUCUGAUUGUCAUUUAGCCAAAAGCUAUAAAUUUCAAAACGAAAAAGUUCUCUUACAAAUCAUCAAUUCUGUUCUAGGUGAGCAUAAUUGGAAAAAUAGACGUUCACCUAAAUUGGAUGCGGCCAUCAUUUACUCUCUUGGUUAUUUGGGACAGACAGAUUUGAUUGAGAAAUAUGUGAAUCGCACAUGGUCCCCAUCCAAAGAUGAGGGAGUCAAAACGAACCCAAAUUCUGACUUACUGGUAGCCGUCUUGACAUCGUAUUGUGUCAAGGAGGGGAAUAUGAGAAAGGGAUUAGAAGUACUCGAUAGGUUCAUAAGAGAUUAUCCUGAGGUAGAAUUGGAUCCUUUGUUUUGGCGUAGAUUACUUCAAUUGAGUUCACUACUUUGGGAUAAGAAAAGAGAUCGUAAGGCUACUUUAAGCCAUGGAUGUUGGACUAUUAUGAAACAAUGGCAUGCACAGAGACAGAGAAAAAUUCCAUAUGAUUAUGGUAUUAUGAAAGAACUCUAUCCAAUAUUUGUAAGGACGAAGAAUAAAAACGGUGCAUUAGAAGUAAUAACCAAAAGUUUUUUUGGUGCAUUUAUCCAACCGGAAUUUACCAUUCGUCCCAACGAAUUGUCCUUGUUGUGCAAAUAUCAAAGAUUCAUCCUGAAGAUGAUUGCGUUAAAAGGCAAUUAUCAUAAAGGUUUUGAAUUUUGUCAAGAGUGGAGUUUUAGUUCCACGAAUAAAUUUGAAUUACAGAGUUACUUUAUGAAAUGGCGUGGCAUUCAUGAACAGAGACGUACAUCACAAUCCAAACAAAAAGCGGCAUUACAAGAGAAGUAUGAUGAGAUGGAGGAAGAUGAUAUGCUAUUGGGGAGGCUCUGGUGA